AUGACCUCCUUCUACGACGACAAAGAUUUGGAGGAAGAGCUCAGUCGAGUCAGCUGUCCUGAUGAGGACUUGGAGUUUGAGAUCUUGUUCGAGUAUGAACCGCCUUGCAGCGACUUUGCGGGGGGAGAUCAAGAUGACCCCAACCUUGCACCUCACAAAGUCCUCAGUCCUGAGUCUGAGCAGGCUUUCCCUCUGGAGGAGGCCUCCCCAUACGGCAUCAAGUCCUGCAGUCCGCCCUACAGUGAGCACAACACUGAGGUUCUGUCAGGAUAUGAGCACCAGGAGGCCAGGAGCUACCUGGACGGCACCCGGCCUCCAGGCCUGGCCCUGAGCCCCCGCAUCGAGAUCACCCCCUCCCGUGAGCACUACAGUCAAUGCCGGGACUCCCUGCAGAACCACCACCUGAACAUCAGCCCCAGACCCACCCUCACUGUGCCAGGCCACGAAAACCUCGCCUAUCGUGAACCCCAGUGCCUGAGCCCAGCCAGCAGCAACUCCUCCACCAGCUGGCACUCGGAGAACUACUCCCCCUGGGCAUCCCCCUGCGUGUCCCCCAGCAACGGCCAGAACCCCGGAGACCUGUGCCCCCGGUUACAGAGCAUCCACACUGGCUCCCCACGCACCUCCCCGGGCACCUCUCCUCACACCAGCCUAGCCGAGGACGGCUGCCUGGGGCACCGCUCGCUCCCCCGGCCGGGCUCCCGCUCCACCUCCCCACAGGGAAAACGCACCUACGAAAUGUACAGGAAUCCUGGGUUAAUCCCCGGGCACCGCUCCCGCAGUCCCUCCCCCCACGGCGGCCAUGAAGACCACAACAUCGGUGCCCACUAUACACACAGCAGCCUCGCCGAUGGCAUGAAUGGUUUUGGUGCUGGUCAGCCCGGCCUGGUCCCCACUAAAAUAGUCAAGACAUCCAACCAGGUGUACACUCUGUACCCAGAGAACCACGGAGAUGGGAACUACCUGGUGUCCUGCGAUCAGGACAUCAAAGCCAAACCUGCUGCAGAGCCUUUCUUUGUUAUCCCCCCAAUCUGGUCCAAGCCACUGGUUUCCAGCAUCUGCAGCAUCCCUGUGGCUUCUCUCCCCCCGCUGGAGUGGCCGAUCCCCAGACGCACCGACCAGUAUGAGCUCCACAUUGAGGUGCAGCCUAAACCACAUCACAGAGCUCACUAUGAAACAGAGGGGAGCAGGGGUGCAGUGAAAGCACCCACAGGAGGACAUCCGGUUGUGCAGUUACAUGGUUACAGAGGCAAGGAGCCACUUGGCCUACAGAUUUUCAUCGGUACAGCAGACGAGCGCAUCCUCAAGCCUCAUGCCUUUUAUCAAGUUCACCGCAUCACUGGCAAGACGGUUACGACCACCAGCUUUGAGAAGAUCAUCAACGGCACCAAAGUCCUGGAGAUCCCGCUGGAGCCAAAGAACAACAUGAAAGCAAUAAUCGACUGUGCUGGGAUCCUGAAGCUCAGGAACGCCGACAUCGAGCUGAGGAAGGGCGAGACAGACGUCGGUCGGAAAAACACCCGAGUUCGUCUUGUGUUUCGGGUGCACAUACCUCAGCCUGGCGGACAGCACGUCUCCCUGCAAGUGGCCUCGCAUCCCAUCGAGUGCUCUCAGCGUUCGGCACACGAACUUCCCAUGGUGGAGAAGCAGGACAUGGACAGCUGCUCAUUUCUGGGCGGCCAGCAGAUGAUCCUGACUGGGCAGAACUUCAGCUCCGACUCCAAAGUCAUUUUCAUGGAGAAAGCCCAGGAUGGGCAGCAAAUCUGGGAAAUGGAAGCAACAGUGGACAAAGACAAGAGCCAGCCGAGCAUGCUGUUCGUGGAGGUGCCGUCCUACCGAGAUACGUCCGUCUGCCAUUCUGUCAAAGUGAACUUCUACGUCAUCAACGGGAAGAGAAAGCGCAGCCAGCCUCAGCAUUUCACCUACACACCACUGGCAUCUCCAUCCAUAAAGACAGAGCCUAUAGAUGAGUAUGAACCAGACCACAUGGGCUUCGUCAUGCCCCAGAUCUUGGGCUUAUCCCCUCAUUCCUACUACCAUAACCCACGCGGCGUCCUGCACCCAGACAACGGCCUGGUCUCCGGCCUGGCGUCCUGCCAGCGUCUCAGCUCCAGCCUUCCAAACCAAGACACGCGUUUACAGCAGCAGAGCCCGGCCAUCGUCUACUCCCGCGGGGGCAAGAAUCUGAGCGGCAGCCCCGGCGUUUGGCAGAGCGGGGGGAUAAUGCCUGACCCCCACCGGUCGGUGCUGGUCCACACAGGCUCCCCAGCUCAGUCUGUAGGUCCCAUCAGCGCAGGCCAGCACCCAUCUAUCAUCCAGUUCUCUCCCACCAACCACCACCUGCUUCGGGCAGGAGAGCCUCAGCCCCUCACUGCUCCUCAGCCUGACAACCAGCAGAUCAUCUACUGCGACGGCUACUCCCCGCAGGCAGCCGCCGCCACCCACUCACCCACACCCCCCCAGGCUCAAGCGGCAGUGACCCACCCGCAGCACUAUCCCACCGUGAUCCAGCAGCAGCCCUACGUUCAGAAGGGGCAGCAGAAAGGUCGAGCCCCGACCGGGACUGGCCAGAUGGAGGCUCCAGGAGACGGACAGAGGCGGGUGACGGUCAAGGAGGAGAACUUGGACCAGUUCUACCUAGAUGAUGUGAAUGAAAUCAUAAGAAAGGAUCUGACGGGCGUUCAAGCGAGAGGGCAGACAUAGAGGAGGGACCUGACCGGAAAAUGACAACACAUCCCCCAUCCGAUUCACACAGACAGGCACGCAAACACACAGACUUCAGCCUUCCACCUCGGUGACGCACUUCCACCAACAAUCAGACCUUCUCUUCCUCAUUUUCUUUACCCAUAGAGAUAAAGAUUUCAGCCCCUGACUACUGUGUUUGCCUUGGAUGGUUUUCUGCAAUAAACGUUCGGCAAACAGGGGAAUUCAUUGAAACAUAACAACGGCCACCAACAAGCCAACAGGUUUCCAAGGCAGCAGCUCAGAAACAGACUCUUACAAACAAAGAGAGAUAAAAAUGGCAUAGAGUGUAUAUGAAAGAUGGACGUAGCGACUGUCUCUGAAAAGUGAAGCAAACUAAGAAGUGCCUUAAAGUGCCGAUGCCAAAAAGCUCUGGCUCCCAUCGACACCCAUUUAGAAAUCAUCAGGAAAAGCUCAGUUAGUAAAAUUUCUCCACAAGUCUUCUGAUUUUUUUUUGUUGUUAAAUUUCUUCUUUCUGAUCAGUGUUUGGCAGUCCAUGUGAAAAUAAUUGCAUAAUUUAAAUACAAAUAAGACCUGAAAACGAGACUUUCAGAGGAGAGUAUGGAUCGAUUGACAUGUCCGGUCAGGAGUGAUCACAUGCUUUGCACGGCAGAGAUGGAGUGAGGCUGGUGCUUUUAGUUGGUUCCGCCCUUCGUUCCUCUCCAGAUCCACCCUCUCUUCCAAAUAUGAUCACUUCUUCCUCCAAAAACUCAGCAGGUCCCAGGAAAAAGGAAGCUUAAGGCUUUAAAAUGUCCGUCCACGAACCAGUGGUUGGUGUCGCCAUGGCUACCUCCAUCUUCUGUAUACAGUCCAUGUAGAAUAGGGGGAAAUGAAUAAAGUCCCCCAAAUGGUGUUAGUCAUACUGUCCAGACAAUAACCUGUCAAUGCUGGGAUGAAACACGCAGCAGUUUCACCAGAUGUUUCAAACAGGUUAUUGAAGUCAUGCCAAAAAUGCAUCCUAAAUACAAUCUUCAGACAUUUCUUGUGGCCAAAAGCUUUUUUAUUUCCUCCAUAUUUCUCAGUUCCUCUUGCACAAAGUGAGUUUUUGUCUGUGUAACUUUUAAUUGUCCAAAGCUUACAUUCUGAUCAUCUCAUUUUAAGUGCAGUUUUCUAAUUGAAGUGAAGCGCACACUGCCUUAACCGUAUACCAAUGAACUUUUGUGGCACCUCCUGAUAUGCACUGUUUUUCACUAUGGGGGGCAAUGUUAAUCCUUUUCAAUAUUUGAGUCAUGUGAAUAAUGUACCAUUUUACAUUCAUUAAAUAUAUAGUCAAUUAUAUUCAGGUGCCAAAGCAGCUUCACGAGGGCCUGUGAUGCCACAGCGAUAACAUGGGUCUCCAUUUGUAAAAGGAUUCUCUGCCCAUGUGUUUGUUUUCAACAUUUGCAUUGAAGAUUAUUUUAAAAAUGUAUCCUAGCUCAUGCAAGCUGUAGUGAGAGAAUUUGUACACUCUGAUUUAAAGAUGGUCUUCUUACUUUUUUUUUUAAUCAUUUUGUGCCUGUUCUUUUUUUAUGUAUUGAUUGUAAUAACAUCUGUGGCUGUUUCCACAGUCUUAAACAAAAUAUCCAAAGCUUAAACUGUGCGUAUCUUGUUGUGUAUAGUUGCAUUUUGAAUCCAUCCAUAAUGACAAUCAUUAUUCUAAAAGCUGCCUAUGCAGAACCUUAAAGCUUGCAGAUGUAAAGCGUAUAACUUUUAUGUUCUGUAUCCGCCAUCAUAAUGUAAGCACAACAGGGUAUACAGUAACAGUUACUGAUAUGCUAAUAUAGCUUGCUUUGAUGAGGAAAGCACUAGUUUAAAAACUGUUUUUGUGAUAUUAUAUUUCACUGCGGGAAUUGGAGUACAUUAAAAGUGCCAAGUGCCAGGUGUGUGAUUGUAAAGAGAAACCUAUAAAGUGGUAAAAACACAUAAAAGUAAAACAUAAGACUGAAUCACAAAGUUUAAUAUUUGGUAUGGACCUAUUUGAUAGAAAAUAAGAUUAUAUUUUGUAAUAUUAGCAAGACUAAUAUUGUUUUUUAAGGAUAUUUCUCAUUGAGCCAGUACAGCACAAGUGCAUUUGACAUUUCUUGAAUGUAAUCUAUAUUAAAUAUUUUUCCCCUUUUGUGUAAAUAUCAGAUACAAAGUGUGCCGAUAAAGUCGGAUGAGUGUAAAGCAGAAGCAUUUUGUUGUUUGUCACGUAUCGUUUAUCUGACUGUUGUGUAAACUGCACAAUGUUAUAGUCAUCAUUAUAUCUUUUAUCUGUUGUAUUACGAUGUAAAACCCCUUCAGUAGGGAAUUAUGAUACACUUAUCCUUAAUAGUUAUAUAUUAUAUUUUUGUUUAUGUGCUGUUAUUAUUUUACAGUCUUUAAAGAAAUCUUUGGGAAGGUUUUAAUACUGUCUUAUUUUAUUUUCCGUGUUGAUAGUUGUCAUGUACAUGUUUCAUUUUGAGUCUUUGUGCCUCUUUAAAAAUGUCUAUUCAUGCUAUUUUUGUAUCCCUAAAAGAAGCAAUAAAUAAUAACCAGAAAAAA